GAUUGUUAGAUGCAAUGUAGAUGUGGUCCAAAAGCUCAGAGCCAGUCAGGAAAAAAAAUCGUUCGGUGUUAAGUUGGCAAAAUUGUUCGAUAGUGAAUAGGUUAUUUCUUUUUUUGUUAGGUUUGAUUUAUCACUCAUGCGCACUCAUAAAUCAGACUCCAUCAGAUACGAUGUUUGAAGAUCCGACUCCAUCCGACUCUUUAUUCCAUAGUAUUUUUAAGCGCAUGUGUUAGUGCUUUAUAACAUUAUAGUAUAGUCAUGGAACAAAAAAUAAAUAAUCUUUCCGUGUGUAAUUUAAGAAGUUUUUCGUAUAGGCAUUUGCAGCAAAUCGCAAAAUCUAUGCAUUUACCGUCCAACGUCAAGAAAAUGUACCUUAUAGACCUUAUCCACACUAAAAGGACAAAAUCAUCCCAAGAAUUGGAGGAGUUGGUGCAGAGAGUUAAGAUGGAGAGAAAGCAGCUUGCUAGCAAGCGAAGAGGCAGCAAGAAGAAAGUACAGGGUGCAGAAGUGUCGUCGACGUGGCACGUAUCGCCGCCGGCCGCCUGUAAACUACACCGAGACGUCACCAGGCACAGCCCCGACCUCUCCGUCAACAAGCAGAUGAACAAUGUGCUGAAGGUGUACUCGCCGCCUUCGCUGGUCAAGAGCGACAGGGUGCUGCGCAGUUCCCGCGAGAGGCCCAACUACAGGAUAAUGAACACGAGCAACACCCUCAUCGGUGUCAUUAAGGCGCAAAGUCCGAAAGCAACUAAGAUCAAUAUAAUAAGCAUGGGCGGGCGACCCAAGUUCAAUGUGACUGCUAUCGUUAAGAAACAGAACUGCGGGGUGAAUAGGGAAAGGCAGAUGAUCCCCUACACUCGCACCAUGCCCACACCACCUCCCAGGAUCCACGAGAGAAGACUGAGCGGCAUAUCACCUCUGAACACAGAGAGUGAUAUGUUCACACCAACUGUUAACUUCACCAGAAGGGACGGCACCAUGUCUAGAAUAAACGCACUAGUCUACAAGACGCCGCGGUUCACCUACAGUCGAGACAAAGAAGUAUACAAAAUGGACGACCGAAGCACACAGACAGUCAACGAUUACGAGCCAGUGCCGUGCCUCGCGGAGUUAACGCAACACAAUAUGGAGACCAACACGUAUGGAGUAGAGAGUCAGGGUGCAGAGAUAGAGUGUGUGGUGGAAGACUGCGAAUAUUAUCACAAGAAGAUCAGGGCGGAGCGCGUGCGCAGCGUCAGGGCGCCGCCCGAGCCCGGGACUGCUGGCAGUAGUGCUGGUGACGGUGGUGGUGCUGGUGACGGCGGUGGUGCUGGUGACGGCGGUGGUGGCGCUGGUGGUGGUGAGACCGGCCGCCUGCCCACCAUCGCGCAGGUGUUCAGCCGGCUCAGCGCCGCGCGGCCGAGCCUCACGCAACCCAUACACGUGGAAGUCAGCACCGAGGCUGAACGAACGCUAUGGUGCCCGCCGGCGGAGCCUCGGUGCGGCGCGCUGGAGCGGCUGUACACGCUGCGCGGCGCGGCGGCGCUGCUGCACGUGGCGCCCGCCGCCGACACGCGCUGCGUGUUCGCCACACGCACCGUCACCUCCGUUUUGCUGCCGCCGGCGGUCCACAGCGAUCAUAACGCUUCGUACCAGCGGGAUAGUUCGUACGCGAGCGCAGGCGUGUUCGGCAACGAGUACCUGAGCGCGGCCGAGCAGGAGGCACUGCGCAGGGUCAUCAUCUGCGACGAGGUGCUGGGCGCGUCGCCGUUGCCGUGCGGCGCGGCGUCGGCGAUGUCGGUGUCGGCGAUGUCGGCGUCGGUGUCGGCGAUGUCGAUGUCGGCAAUGUCGGCGAUGGCAGUGUCGGCGAUGUCGGCAUCGGUGUCGGCGACCAUUCCACAGAUGGUGGAGGACGCUUUCGAGCUCAUCAGUCAGGACGGCGACUACAUGGAGCGCAUCGGCAUGGAGGAGCGGAUGCGAUGCUUCCUGUGCGCUUGGGCAGGACCCAAGUUCAUACUCGAACACCACAUCAGGAAGGAGCACUCGUCGCAGAUCGAGAGCGUGGACGAGGGAGCGUGUCGACUGCGCUUCUCACUCGCCACGCUCGCGGCACAGGGGGACGCGCAGGGGAGCCAGGGGACCGGGCCAGGGGACGCGCCAGGGGACUGGCCAGGGGACAGUAGGCUGCUGUCGUACGGCGGCCGCCUGCUCGUACUCAGCGCCAAGUACGACGACCCGCAGCAACUCACCGCCGCGAUACACGCCCUGUCGGAGGACACGGCGCCGCGCGCGACGCUGACGGUGUACAACAAGCGCACCGGCGAGCCGCACGCGUGGCGCGGGCGCGUGCGCGAGCUGUCCGCCGCGCAUGCGCCGUACGCGGCGGCGUGCCUGCGCCUGCCCCUGGCCGCCGUCGACGUGCUGCCCAACAGCGCCCGCCUGCUCCUCAUCAACAGGACGCUGGUGGGCGCCUCCCCUGCCUGCCCUGCCUGCCCUGCCUGCCCUGCCUCCGUCGCCAGGGUGGUGGUGGGCGAGCCAGCGCUACACGACAUACACAUCGACAUGUUCGUGCAGCUGUGGGAUUAGUGUUCGUCACGGCGGCUCACGGACACGCCACGGACACGGCACGGCAGUGUUGUCAUCACGAGAGCCAAUACCAUACUCGUGUUCAUUUGUUGAUCAAAGAACACGAGUCGGUUAUCUAGAUAUGAGAUCUGACAAGAUCAAAAUGGAAAUUAUAUUUUUAUACGCAUUCUGUAGUUACGGUGAUUACACCAAAUGUGACCGAGUUGUAAAAUUUAUGUUAAGUUUAGUAUACAACGGCCAUCACAAUAUUAUUCAUGUAAGCAUUCGAAAGUACCGAUUCACCGUCAAACCUUAAUAUCGACUGUUAGCACGCUAAUUGACUGGGCGGCAUUAAGUUUUAUAAGUGUUUAAUAUCACCACAUUUUUCUCCAUUUUUUAACUUGAUUUAAUUUUUUUGAAAAUAUGUCGUUCAAUUAGCCUGCCAACCGUCGACUUAUGUUUAUUUCAGUAGUAUAUACUGCAGUGGUGAUGGGUACAUAUAUUCCGAUUCCUGUCGGCUUCCUUUUUGUAACUUAUGUAAAAUCUAAUUAUCAUUAGAACGAUUUGCACCGCAUUAAUGCACAAUAAUGCCUAACGAUGGUUCCUUAGUAAACUAUCGUAUUUGAAAAAUUGAUAUUCGCUUUUUUAACGUUUCCUUAUCUAGGUACUGUUUAUUUAUACAGUUCAUUGUACUAAAAAGAAUAAAUAAUAUAAAUAAGAAAAGAGAGACAAAGGGCACAUGUAUAAAUGGCCGUCUCAUUGCUCUAGGCAAUGUCUUCCAGACUACCUUGGAAUGGAUAUAAAAACGAGAAAGAGAGGGUGGUGCAGUGCAUUAUAUUAUAUUAAUAAAUAACAAAAGAAUAACUGAUUAACAAUGCAUACAUAAACUACCAUACACAUACAUUUACUAACACACCCAUUAAAAAAAGUUAGUAUAUGAUUUUUAAUGAAGCUAUUUACAUUUAACUUUUGAAUUAAAUGCAUUUGGUAGUGAACAGUGCCUACAUAACGAAACAUUAAAAGUGAAUCGCUUUUUCCAGAUACGAUAGUUUACUGAGGAGCCAUCGAAUUAUGUUGUGUCGGUUCCAUUUCAAAAGAUGUCACCCUUCACCACUGACGUACUGUAUGUAAUAUUGAAGGUCAUAAGUAAUGUGUUACGAUGUCUCGUGCUCGCAUUCCUCUUAUUUAUAUUGAAUCGAUGGCUACUCUACACUAUGCUCCUAGUACGCGAAUAAUGGUUUACAUUGUGGAAGUUUCUCAAAAUAUUCCCGUAUAUUCAUAGUUUAUUUUAUAUUUUUGAUAGUUACUUAAGACUGAAGUGAAAGACUGAGACAGCUCGGAAUGCUAUUUUGAUAAGUUUUUGAGUUUAAAACUAAACUCUUAGAGAUAUGUUUUUAUAGUUGAUUUUUGAAAUCUAUAUUUUGUUGUGUAUUUUUGGUAAUCUUGAUUGUUAGAAAUAAGUAGAACUUAUUUUGAUGUUAUGUUUAGUUUAACCGUAACGUGAGGGGCCCACCGGCGUACACACAUUAAAGCAAACAUUAAACAGUACAGUUAGUUAUAGAUCAGGCAUCAGGAAAGGGAUUUGUGCUCCAAAAGUUAUCACAAUUUGGUAAUAAGGCAUUGUCUUAUUCAAUAUAUCCGUGGGACAAAAUGUCACAGCGUCCUUAGGUAUUCAUUUAUUUAUUUGAACAGCCAACAAAACAUACACCUUACAUAGUUAUUUGUAACAAUUCACUAAGUAAUUGCUGCAGUGCUGUUUUACUUGCAGGCUGUCAGCAUGAAUAUAUUAAUACAUAAACAAUUGGCUGCACCAUAAGUGCAGUAUACUCUAAAUAUAAGACUGAAUAUAAAACUAGAUUAAGGUUUCAACAAACGAGUUCAAUAUUUUCUUUUUGAACAUAGGAAGCGAGUCAGUAUUAAUACAAAAAUAACAUAUUUACAAAAUAUAUGCUAAUAUGUGCAUUAAAUACGUGCAAAUUACGAUAUGAAAAAUAUGAAGUAUUUUACAUUGAUAUUUUGCUAUUUCCCAGUAUAUUGAGUAACAUCACAUAAGUGCAAAAUGUUUGUAUGACAAUCUUCUCAACGUCCUCUCUAUAUAAUGUUAGCACUCAUCACAGUAAUGCGACAAUUAUUAUUUACAUUGUCGUGUUUACCGCCAGGGGUCCCUCAAACAACGGACUUUAUAUUAAAUCACCGUUUUCAAUGAACGAUCUCAGUCACUUAUCGAUCCAUCGUGAAAACUGACCAGAGCUUAGUUUUGUACAAGUUUUAUUUAACUUGCAAUGUAUAUACAUUUGGGUUAAAUUUUGUAAAUGAAUUAUUAAGCAGUUAUCCUCAACCGAUUGAGAUGAAAUAUUGUGUACACGUUUAGUUUGGAUAGUGCAUGGUUUGAGUGAAGUCGUUGUAAAUUAAAUAUGGCGGACGGCACAUGAUGGUCUAAUUUUUAAACACUUCUAAUACUAUAUGGGUAUCUAAUUAAAGGAUUUACUGAGAAGAAAUAUUAGUAAAGAAUACAUAUAAAAACAGUCUUAUUUAGAUGUUUUCAAAAAAAUUAAACAUAACUUGUAAUUGAAUUUAUCUUGGUUUUAUACUUUGUAGAAAUAAAAGUAUAUAUAUAUAAUACAAUAAUGAUAUAACUUGAUCUCGAAAAAAGUAAAUCUCGCAACAAGCUUUUAUCUCUACAUAGUGUAAAACAAAGAUACAUUCUAUUUGAAGUUUUUUUUUUUCUUUUUAAAACAUUUAAAUAACAGCUCGUUUUUUUAAAGGUUUUUUAUUAUUAUUUUUUCGUCAUGCUUACAAAUAAUUUGGAUCGGUUUAUGCUCUGUGUCAGUCGAAGAUUGUGGUCGUUUGUUGAAAACUGUCUUAAGUGAAAUCAUAUUUGAGAUUUCUUUGCAUUUGAUUUGAAAUUGUGUAAAAUUUUAUACACAGGUGUAGCUCCUGUAGAAAUCGUUAUAGCAAGUUGUUGCUAGUGUUUACUUAUUAUUAGACUUUAUUAGUAACUGUCAGUUCGUGCUGAUGUUACUAACUCGCUUUAUACUCAGUGAUUCACAGUUAAGUUUUACCUUUUUAUAUUUUAGUUCCAUAGUUUCGAGUUUAGUUAACAUUUUGUUUUGAUAUUUCCUGCCAAUACAUUGUGCGGGAGUAUUGUAAUGUGAGGUAAUUGUUAUGACAUUGUUCCUACUUUAAGGUGAUCUCAAAUUGUUAUUUAAGGUUGAUUUACAAAAAAUUAAACGGAUUUGUAAAA